AUGGACUUUAAAUAUAAUAUCGAAGAAGACAGCAGCUUGUCGAUCCAUAGCACCAAGCGCCUCAUCCCGAUCCCGGCGUCGCUACCAGGCAUCCGUGUAGCCAUGCCCGCCGACUACGUCGUCGUCAACCUGGACGCCGCCGGCCUGGCGCUCAACACCAAGCGUCUCAUCCCGAUCCCGGCGUCGCUGCCAGGCAUCCGUGUAGCCAUGCCCGCCGACUACGUCGUCGUCAAUCUGGACGCCGCCGGCCUGGCGCUCAAGUGGGACACCAACAUGGACUUUAAAUAUAAUAUAAAAGACGGCAGCGUAUCGUUCCGUAGCACCAAGCGCCUCAUCCCGAUCCCGGCGUCGCUACCAGGCAUCCGAGUAGCCAUGCCCGCCGACUACGUCGUCGUCAAUCUGGACGCCGCCGGCCUGGCGCUCAACACCAAGCGCCUCAUCCCGGUCCCGGCGUCGCUACCAGGCAUUCGAGUAGCCAUGCCCGCCGACUACGUCGUCGUCAAUCUGGACGCCGCCGGCCUGGCGCUCAAGUGGGACACCAACUAUAAUAUAGAAGACGGCAGCGUGUCGAUCCGCAGCACCAAGCGCCUCAUCCCGAUCCCGGCGUCGCUGCCAGGCAUCCGUGUAGCCAUGCCCGCCGACUACGUCGUCGUCAAUCUGGACGCCGCCGGCCUGGCGCUCAACACCAAGCGCCUCAUCCCGAUCCCGGCGUCGCUACAAGGCAUCCAUGUAGCCAUGCCCGCCGACUACGUCGUCGUCAAUCUGGACGCCGCCGGCUUGGCGCUCAAGUGGGACACCAACGAUAUCAUCUUAGUGGAAGGUUCGGUCCUGCUAUGGAACAACACAGAGGGCCUGUGCGGCACUCUCAACAGCAACCCGGAGGAUGACCUGGUCACCAGAGAGGGAACCCGUGCCAAGACCAAGGCUGCUAUGGCGUCGUCCUGGCAGCUUAACAAAAUUGGAGACAUCUGCGAAGGCAGCCCGUCCGACGCGGCGCACUGCGCGGCGCAGCCCGACGACGCCAAGAAGAAGGCCCAGCAGUUCUGCGCCAGGAUAUUCAGCAAAGACAAGUUCCGCAAGUGCUCGAAGGUUAUGGACGUGACCCUGUUGCUAGAAGCUUGCCAAGAAGACUACUGCGCUUGUAAAGAUAGUCAAGAUCCCGAGGAGUGCGCUUGCAGCACGGUUUCUGUGUUUGCUAAGGAGUGCCUACGACAUGGAGUGGAAGAAAUGAAGUUUUGGAGAGAUCCCGACACUUGCCCCAAAACCUGUCCCGACGGCAAAAUCUACAAGGUGUGCGGGCCAGACUCCCAGCCCAGCUGUUCCUUCCCACAAGUGGCCUCAAAGGCCGACAACGCCACCUGCAUCGAAGGCUGCUUCUGUCCCGAAGGCCUACUGCUGGAAGGAGGCAAGUGCGUCCAGAAGGAGGACUGUCCGUGCCGAUUGAGGAACAGGAGCUUCAAGCCCGGAUCUGUUAUACCUAAGGAGUGCAACAGUUGCACAUGUCAAGCAGGCGAGUGGAAGUGCACUCAGGUGCCUUGUGGCGCGCGCUGCAGUGCCGUGGGCGAUCCUCACUACACGACCUUCGACGGGCAAAGAUACGACUUCAUGGGACACUGCACGUAUACAUUACUGCAGACUAACAACAUCACGGUUGAGGUGGAAAACGUUGCGUGUUCGGGAGCUAUUACUGAGGAGAUGAACCUAACACCGUACAAGGGCGAGGGCAGGCCUUCCUGCACGAAAGCCGUGAACCUCAAGUACGACGGCGCUAACAUCCACCUGAAGCAAGGAGGACUGAUUCUUGUCAAUGGGAAAGAGGUGUCUGCGCUUCCCGUCAACGUGGGACAGAUCAGGAUUCGAGCUGCUUCUUCUUUGUUUGUUAUUGUGCAACUGCCUCUGAAAGUGGAUAUCUGGUGGGAUGGCAACACCAGAGUGUUUGUCGACGUACCGCCAUCAUUCCAGGGCAAGACCAAAGGUUUAUGUGGAACCUUCAACUUGAAACAAAGCGACGACUUCCUGACUCCUGAAGGGGACGUAGAGCAGUCGACCCUCGCGUUCGCGAACAAAUGGAAGACUAGGGAGUUCUGCGAGGACUUGAGCACUAAGGAACCCGAACAUCCUUGUAAAGCAAACGUUCAGAAUAAGGAAAUGGCCGAGAAGUACUGCAGCAAGUUGAAGAGCAAACUAUUCGAAGAGUGCCACUGGUUCGUGGACGUGGAGGCGCACUACGAAGCGUGCCUGUACGACAUGUGCGCGUGCGCCGGCGACGCGGCGCGCUGCCUGUGCCCGCUGCUCGGCGACUACGCCAUGGCCUGCGCCAAGAGCGGCGUGCUGCUGCAGUGGCGCUACAACGUGCAGGAGUGCGGUGAGUGGAGGCCGCUACAGGACGACACGUGCGCCUGCUGUGCCCGCUGCUCGCGACUACGCCAUGGCCUGCGCCAAGAGCGGCGUGCUGCUGCAGUGGCGCUACAACGUGCAGGAGUGCGGUGA